GAUUCAGGGAACUAUCCUCAUAUCCAUUAUAAAACUAAAAUCCAUCCAUUAAGAUUUAAAUUUAGACAGUUCUUAUUACCAUAUAUAAGAGCUGAAACUCCAAUCUUGGCUAAGAUUCAAAAAAAUUCAAGAAAUUCAUUCUUUGAUUAUUACUUCUCAUAUACUGCAAAUUUCGCAUCACACACUUUUUAUGUUUUAAUGUUACCAUUACCUAUUUGGUUAGGUUAUGGACAAGUUGGUAGAGAUUUAGUCUUCAUUAUUGGAUAUGGGAUAUAUUUCACAGGGUUUUUGAAAGAUUUUUGUUGUUUACCAAGACCAAGAUCUCCUCCAUUACAUAGAAUCACAUUAUCUGGAUAUACUGCUAAGGAAUAUGGGUUCCCUUCUUCCCAUUCUGCUAAUGCUACUGCUGUUUCAUUAUUUCUUUUGAAAAAAUUAUUGGAAAAUUAUAACAAUUUCCAAUCAAGCUUAACACCAAACAUUUUGUUGUUUGUUUUAGCUAUUUAUUAUAUUUCUUUAAUCAUUGGAAGAAUUUAUUGUGGUAUGCAUGGGUUUUCAGAUAUUAUUGUUGGUUCAUUAAUCGGCUGUAUAUGUCUUGUUGUUAGAACUUUAACUCAAGAAUGGUAUGAUUCUUUAAUUUUACAAAAAUCAAUAUUGAUACCAAUCUGCACUACAUUGGUUAAUUAUUUUUUAAUUUAUAUCCAUGUUUCACCUGUUGAUGAUUGUCCUUGUUAUGAUGAUUCAGUGGCUUUUAUUGGAGUUAUCAUGGGAUUGGAAAUCUCUCAUUGGGGAUAUAUUAAAACUUCCUACAGUUUGGAUCAUACUUAUGGUGUUGACCCGCUUGAUAUUCCUUUUUCAUUUGCUCAUUCUGGAAUUUUAAAAGUCUUGUUGAGGAUUUUUGUUGGUGUUUCAUUAGUUGUUACAUGGAAGGAAAUUUCAAAGCCUUUAUUAUUCAAGAUUUUCAAACCUUUCUAUGAUUUAAUAGUGACAAAUGAUAAAGAAAGUUUAACUUUUAAUAGAAUUAGAAGUGACACUUUGGAAAGAAAAGAAAAAUUAACAGAUGCAAAAGGUUUAAUUAAAGAUAUUGGGAAUCCAAGAAAAAGAGAUUCAGUGGGGCCAAUGUCAUCAAUCGACAGAACAGAAAUUGAAGAACUACAAAAGCAUCAAAACUAUUUUGCAGAAUUGGAUAAACUCCAUGAAACUAAUGUUAUUUUCACAUGUGGUGCUUUCAAACCAAGAUAUGACAUUGAAAUCAUUGUUAGGUUAAUUGUUUAUGCUGGUAUCCCAAUAGUGGUUAUU